AAGGAAAUAAAAUGACAUUUUCUCUAAAUCAAAUAUAAAAACCAUUUUGGGCAUAUUACUCUCAACUCCACUAGCAAAUUCAACCAUUUCCCUAGCUUCGUUUUUAAUACACAUAUAAUAAUUCUUUCAGUUGUAUUCCGGUUUAGGGCAUGCAACGCUAAUUUCACAAGGCAAAAUUUGAUAUAUAAUUUCUUCGUUUGUAAUGCUAGCUGUGUCACCUUUUAGUAGCACAACGGUGAGAGAUGAAAGGGAUAACGAGAUGGAAAGUUUUGCGAUGGGAGGAGGAGGAGGUGGAGGAGAUGAUUUUCCCGAUUUCAUGGGAGAGAAUUUACUCGAUAGCAUUGAUUUUGAUGACCUUUUUGUUGGAAUCAACGACGGAGAUGUACUACCUGAUUUGGAAAUGGACAAUGAGAUUCUUGCUGAUUUUUCAGUUAGUAGUGGCGACGAAUCCGAUGUGAACAAUUAUAGCACAAGUAAUACUUUUAUUACUACUGCUAUAAAAAAUGUAGAAAGAAAAGAAGAAGCGAAAAACACAGCUUCGUUUUCAGCCUCGGACGUUGGUUCGGGUUUAACAACGAGCCUAAAUCAAGGAGAAGAAAUUGUGAGUACUCAAAAAAUUGAAGAAUCUGCGCAACAAGUGAAUCAGAAUAUAAUUACCCCAAAAGAAAGUGAUAAAGGCAAAAAGUCACCCAAGAAUAAUCUUACAGGCAAGAGGAAAGUAAAGGUGGACUGGACGCCAGAAUUACACAGAAGAUUUGUACAAGCAGUAGAGCAGCUAGGUGUAGAUAAGGCAGUCCCAUCAAGAAUUUUGGAGAUUAUGGGAAUCGAUUGUCUCACUCGUCAUAAUAUUGCCAGUCAUCUUCAAAAAUAUCGGUCCCAUAGGAGACAUUUGCUUGCGAGAGAAGCGGAGGCGGCAAGUUGGAGCCACAGAAGGCAACUCUACGGGGGUGCAGCCGCGGUUGAAGGGGGCGGAGGAAAGAGAGAGAUGAACCCGUGGCCAGCACCAACAAUUGGAUUUCCACCUCCUCUUCCGCCCCGUAUGGCACCUCCAAUGCCUCAUCAUUUCAGACCCUUACAUGUAUGGGGUCAUCCAUCCGUCGACCAAUCAUAUAUACACAUGUGGCCUAAACAUCUAGCAUCUUCGCCGUCUCCGCAACAUCCAUCACCAGCAUGGGCUCCUCCUCUUCAUCUUCAUCCUUCACCACCUUCAGAUCCUUCAUUUUGGCAUCCACACCAUCAACAGGUACCAAAUUCUCUUACACCAGGAACUCCUUACUUUACAGCACCCAUAGCACCAACGAGAUAUCCGGCUGCUCAUCAUCCCGUACCAGGCAUACCACCCGGAACAUCGCAUGGCAUGUACAAAGUAGACCACUCUGGCAUGAGCGUUCAAAGUACUGCUACUCCACCACAAUCUUUACCUAAACCUCCUUGCGACUUUCAUCCGUCAAAGGAGAGCGUAGAUGCGGCCAUUGGAGAUGUUUUAUCAAAACCAUGGCUGCCACUUCCCCUCGGACUCAAACCUCCCGCCGUGGACAGCGUGCUGGGAGAAUUACAACGUCAAGGGGUACCUAAAAUACCACCAGCUUGUGCAUAGUCGUUUUUAAUGAGGCAGCUAGCAAAGCGGGUGGAAUUUUUUGGGUUCACUUAGGGUACGGACGUAUAAUACGUGGUAACCAAGGAGCCCUUCAAUUCGACGACAUUUCCUGCACUUAUUUAGAUGCAUGAAGAUGACCAAUUCGAUCUGGAUCAGACGUACGUCAUCAUCAACAUCGUCUACAUUAAUGCAGUUUUUUACCUCAUAUAUAUAAAAAAAAAAUAAUUUGUUCUUGUUUUGCUAUGUACAAGAACAUGUUUUAACUUAACCAUUGGGGUUUUUGUGAUGAUGUUAUCACCGGUUUGAGAAAUAUCUGAUAAUAACAGCGAGAGCUUCUUGUAAUUAAACUUAUAACUCCAAGAUUCUCUUCUUUAAUUCCUUACUUUAUUAUCUGGACAACAA